CAGGCUUGUGUACCGCAUGGCGGGCAAAAUUAUAUCAAAUAACAAGUUGAGGAAAUCAUUUCUUUCCAUCAUUGAAAUACGAAAUCUCUCUCGAAUUUUGAUUGAUAAAAUACCACAAUUACACCGAGUCCAUUCACACAUAUUUAGGACCCUUAAGAUAUUUGAAGUAUGACCAGUAUGGCUCGUGAUUAUAACACACAGAUACACAAUACUUCACAUUUCAUUGCACUGGGACAUUUGUUUUGAUUUGCUCCUUUUCAUCUAACUCGCUUGGCAUGUAUACAAUCACCGAUUCAGUUUGUCUAAAAGUUCUUUCAACCGACUGUUUACUAGUCGCGAUCGGGAAUGAUCUUCACUACUAUCAGCAAAGUAAAGGUCACACUGUCCACAAGUUUUUUGCGACCAAUUUGUAUGAUAAAAUCCAUGGCAUACAAAGCCUUCGGAAAAGUUCCACAGAAUUUCAUGUUCUGGUUCAUGGUGGAAGGGAGAUAGCGUUGAUUUGGAUUAGAGACCACGAAUUUCGACACGUAAAUUCUGUCCGAUUGAGCGAUUGGAUCAGCAGCGUCAACUUCUACGAGGAUGAACCGAACUCCUUCUGUUGCCUAACGUUCCACAGUGUGGCGUUGCGUUUCUCAAUUGUAUGGCAUGAUGAAGAUCCUGAACGAGCUGCCAUUGAAGUAUCAGAGAAACUAUCCUGUACAGACAAAUCAACGUUAUACACGUCACUUAUAUUGGGUACGACCUGGCAUUCAACUGUUUUAUUCGGUGGUACUGCACUUGGAUAUGUAUUUAUUUGGCGUGGAAUCGAUGGUAUAAUAGAAAUGCUGCAUCGGCUAGCCGGACACAAUGGAGUAAUAUUUUCCAUCGACUGUAACAUCAAACUUGGGUUGAUGACAACCACAUCCGAUGAUAGGUCGGUAAAAAUUUGGAAAAUUAAUUGUGCCAACGAUUCAAAUUGGUCCGAUUGCACGAUAAAGCAAGUAAAAUCUCUGUACGGUCAUACGGCCAGAGUGUUUCGAUGCAAAAUAAUCGAGGAAAACAAUGCUCCGUACAUCGUAUCGAUUGGGGAAGAUUCAAACAUAUGUGUAUGGUCAGAUGGUGGUUCUCUUUUGAAUCGACGACGCUUUAAUUGUGGUGCAACGUUAUGGAAUUUGGACUAUGAUUCAACGAUAAAAAAGAUUUUCGUGUGUGGAAGUGAUGGCAAUGUUCGCGAGAUUGGACUGGAAAAUGUUCUCCAACGCCAAGGAUGGACAAAGGAAAUUGUUUCGAACGAAAUUCUACAAGGAAAUGAGUAUUUGGCUAAGGUGAAGUUAACAGACAACAAGAAAAUCAUCGCAUUGACUAGCGAAAAUCGACUGAUUUAUCAAAAUGAUUGCAACGAAUGGUCGGUCUGUGAGUUCAGCAGCUACAAAAGUUGUGUUUUAGAGAAAUUCGGCCGAUACAUUGCCAUAGCUGGCUAUCAACGCGCAUCGGUUUUUGAAUAUGACACAUUCGAUUCUCUACGUCUGAUAUACGAGGUGCCCGAUGUUCCUAACAUGGUACGGUCGUUUAAAUUUCUUAACGAAAAUGAAUACUUGCUCUCAGACGAGACCGGAAGUUGUGCAUUUAUCAACCGAACGUCUAACGUACAACUCACCUUUUCCCUUCCAACAUCUAAAGACACGUACAUAACGGUUGCAUUGAAGCAAAAUGAUUUCCUAAUUGUCGGCGAUCGAACAGGAGAUUUACAUUUAUAUGAAAUUGAAUCGAACGAGGUGCACCAUCGACAUAGACUGAAACAUUUACACGGCAAUUUAGGAUGUACGGUGCUGCAUUCGGAGAACGGAACAUUUCUGACAUCGGGUCAUGAUGGCACUACGAAAGUAAUUGCUUUGAAUGUGGCGUGCAAGAAACUGGUCAUUCUCUUGACUCAGAAAUUACCGGUGUCAUGGAUGGAAAGAGUCGUUUUUCGCCGCGGUAAUCGAAAAUUGUAUGCGGGUUUUAACGACAAACAUUUCGUACUUACCAAUGACGAAUGUGAUAUCGUCGAUGAGAUCGAUUGUGGCGGUGGACAUAGGUUUUGGGACCUAUUAGUGACUGAAAAUUACGGAAAAUUCAUUUUCAUUCGAAACAAAAUGCUGUACAGUGUCACUCUUUCUGGAUAUGCCGAUGAUCAGCAGAAGUUCUUUCAGAUUCCGGUAACGAAAUGGCAUACGAAAUCGUGUAAUUUAAUUCAAUGCAUCGAUACGGGUGACGGAGACGUUAUCUUGGUUUCCGGUGGAGAUGACAACAUUUUGAAAAUUAGCAAAUUUAGUGAAAAGGUCGACUCAUUUAUGGAACACCUAGUCGACAUGGUGCAGCACAUUUCUUGCGUUAAAACCUUGACGAUUGUUGAACGAAGUCCGAUGGAAAGAUUCGUUGUUUCUGCUGGCGGGCGUGCUCAAAUUUGUAUCAGUAAAAUUGCAAUGAACGGCAGGGAAAUUACUACAGAAGAGGUCACAAGUUUUAUGCUAAAUUCUACUGAUAUUCAGCGAAAACGAUUGGGUAAAUCGCAAAUGAUUGACUUCGAUCCGGAAACUCGAUUUAUGAGUGUAAGCUGUACGGAAGAUUUUCAAAUUUUUACUGGAUGCUCGGACGGCUACAUUCGACAAUUUAAUUUCGAUUUGACGAAGAGACAAAUAAUGUCAAUCGAUUCGAUCUUUUACGGAAAAUGUUUACUGCACACUCACUACCUCAGUCACGAAAAUAGCAAAUAUUUACUGACAAUGGCGACGGAUGGUAACGUGUCUUUUUGGGAAUUAACAGAGAACAACUCGAUUGAUUCGCAGCCAUUUUACCAGUUAAAACAUCACAACAGCGGAAUCAAUUCGUUCGACAUCGUGGCAGUGGAGAAUCGAUUUAUCAUCGCAACUGGAGGUGAUGAUCAAUCGACCGUUGUGUCCUCAUUUUCCUUAGGAAAGAAGUCAGUUGAGGCUAUCGAAACCAAACACUUACAUUACCAUACAGCGCAGGUGAAUGGCGUUAAGUUCUCGAACAACGGAUCCAGCCUCUAUUCUAUCAGUGUGGAUCAAAUAUUAUACGAAGUCGAUCUGCAAACAUUCGUGUCUCGAAAAAUUUCCGGCUCAACUGUAGCCGACGCAAAAGGACUUCACCUUCUUCAAAGGAACGGAAUUCUGGUUUAUGGCAGUGGAAUUCAGUUGAUUAAAGUGAAAAAAUGACGAAA